ACAUGAAAGUUUCGCCUGCAGAACUCCGCCGGUGCUGAGCCGCGCAGGGCCAGAGGGGCGCACAGGAGCCCUGCCUCGAGUUUCCCGGAGUGAAGUCGGGUCUGCAGGAGCGUGAACGCAGGAUGGUGAAGAGUUUUACAGCCGAGCGGAAACUGGACUUGUGUAUGGAAUAAAAAAAGAGGGAGAGAGAGAGAAAAAAAGGCCACAAAUAUCCGGACUGGAUUACAUCUGAGAUGGAAAUGUGAAGUUUGAAGCUUAAAUCAGGACGCAGAGAAACGAACAAGCCAUCAAUACACUGCAAACUUUAGUAUUAUUAAUAUUAUUAUUAUUGCUUUUCCGCCUGAGGGACUGUGUUUGGCUGCAGUGUGCACUCUGGUGAAGAAGCGCUUCCUCUGGGAUUCGAACCCCUUCCCGUGGGAUUCGAACCAAUGCACAGAGAUGGUUUGUAACCCUUUAGUCGCGCGCGCGGUUGUGUUUUGUGCCCUUGUGCUGGUGCUGAAGGCGGCCGGAGUUUCAGCGCAGGAGGAUGAGUUCAGCCCUGAGACAUGGCUGAGGACCUAUGGCUACCUUUCCCAGGCCAGCAGGCAGAUGUCCACCAUGCAGUCAGCGCAGAUUCUGUCCACUGCCAUAAAGGACAUGCAGCGCUUCUAUGGUUUGGACGUCAACGGCCAAGUGGACGCCAACACUCUGAAGGCUAUGAAGCGUCCGCGGUGUGGUGUUCCUGAUCGCUUCGAGGAGCCCAGUGAAGGAAGCGUCAGGCAGAAACGCUUCGCUGUGACGGGUCACCGGUGGGACAAAGACAAGCUGACUUACAGCAUUCAGAACCACCCCCCCAGCGUCGGUCAGCAGCACUCACACGAGGCCAUCCGCAAGGCCUUCAGAGUUUGGGAGAAAGUGACUCCUCUACGCUUCCAGCAGAUUCUUUACCAUGACAUCAGAAACGGCAGUGAAGGGCCAGAUAUUAUUCUGCUGUUUGCCUCUGGAUAUCAUGGGGACACGUCCCUGUUUGAUGGUGAAGGAGGGUCCUUGGCUCACGCAUUCUUCCCCGGUCCAGGCAUAGGAGGAGACACACACUUUGACAUAGAUGAACCAUGGACGCUCAACCAGCGAGAAGGAGCAGGCAUCGACCUGUUCCUGGUUGCAGUUCAUGAGCUGGGUCAUGCGUUGGGUCUAGAACAUUCCAAUGACGCCUCAGCCAUCAUGGCUCCGUUCUACCAGUGGAUGGACACGGAGAGCUUCUCUCUAGGCGAGGACGAUGUCCUUGGCAUUCAGCAGAUCUACGGACCCCCUGUGAUGGCACCCACUGAGCCUUUGAGCACCACUACAACUCCAUCAUACACAACCACAAACAAACCAGAACCCAUAUCCACCACGGCAGAGCCUUUAAGGACCACCAGACGUCCAGAGAAACCAACCAGACGUCCAGAGAAACCAACCAGACGUCCAGAGAAACCAACCAGACGUCCAGAGAAACCAACCAGACCUCCUGAGAGAGCCACUGUGCCGUGGGUUCCUCCGGCUGAGCCCAGACCCACUCGCCGAUCAGACCAGGACGCCCCCGAUAUCUGCGACGGAGACUUUAACACAGUCGCGGUGCUCAGAGGGGAGAUGUUCGUCUUCAAGGGUCAGUGGUUCUGGAGGGUCAGGCGGAACCGUGUUCUCGAUAAUUACCCUAUGCCUAUUUCUUUCUUUUGGGUCGGCCUACCUGAAGACAUAGACGCUGCAUACGAACGCCAUGAUGGAAAAUUUGUGUUCUUCAAAGGCAGCAAAUACUGGUUGUUCAGGGAAGCCGACGUGUUGCCUGGAUAUCCUCAGGAGCUGAUGCACUACGGAUACGGGAUGCCAGAUCGAGUGGACACGGCUGUGUGGUGGGAGCCGUCUGGCUACACCUACUUCUUCAGAGGAGACAGAUACUGGCGUUUCAGUGAGGAGUCUCGGGCUGUGGAUAAAGAUUACCCACGACCCAUCAGUGUAUGGGGCUCCAUCCCUGCCUCUCCUAAAGGGGCCUUCCUGAGUGAUGAUGGAGCGUACACAUACUUCUACAAAGGGACCAAAUACUGGCGAGUAGACAACAAGCACAAGAAGGUUGAUACAGGAUACCCAAGAUCCAUCCUGAAUGAUUUCAUGGGAUGCCAUGUUCACUUCGAUCCGGGCUCGGAUGCAGAUAUAAAACCAGACCCUAAGUGGCCAGAGACGGGAGGAAAAGACCAAGAUGGCAACGUCAAUGACUACAAUGACAAUGAUGUCAGUAAUGAUGGUGGUGGUGAUGAUGAUGAUGAUGAUGAUAAAGUGGUGGUGCAGGUGAAGGAGACGAACGACUAUGUCAUGACCCUCAUACUUGUGACGGUGCCUCUGGUCCUGGUGCUGUGCAUUCUGGGAGCGAUUUACAUCAUCAUCACCACGCUGCAGAAAAAGGAGACUCCCAAAGUGCUGGUUCACUGUAGACGUUCGCUGCAGGAGUGGGUGUGAUGCAUACAAGCGCACACAUGAACACUUUCUCACACACACACUCACUCAUACGCUGUUUGGUGUCCUCUUUCUGCACAUGUGCUGUGUUCUAAUACGUUUAGGAGAUGAACCCACAUGAACAGUCCAUUUUUCUGUUAUUCAUGAAUUUGGAAGUUGAAAUGAUCGGACAUCUCAGAGUUUACAAGUCAUGACACUAUGUUGACAUUGACAUUGAACCCAUGGAUGUUCUGUUAGCAGCUGAAGCAAAGUGUAGUAAAUGAAAUGUAAUUUUAGUCAUAGGAAGCCUUUUCUAGGUAAUUUACCAUUAAUUCUGAGGGAAAUGUUGAUAUUCCUGAUGCUUUUACAUUGUUUCUACAGACACUCUAUUUUUACUUUGCCCAUAGCUACUCGAAUCAUUCUCUUUCAGUCAUUAGCUUACAUAUUUUCCAGUAUCUAAAUGGUGUUUCAAAUGGAGAAGCAGGUUUGGGAUCAAAAGGUCACCAGUUCGAGUCCCUGGACCAGCAGGAAUGGCUGAGGUGCCCUUGAACAAGGCAUCUCACCCCUAACCACUUGUUGUACGUCGCUCUGGAUUAGAUCGUCUGCUAAAUGUCUGUAACGUAAUGUUUUAUAAUCAGGGUAAACUUUUCAGGUCCACAGUAGUUCAAACAUCAAACCUCAGAUUUUUGUGUUUCUUUGCUGCCAAAAAAUUACCUUUUGAGAUGGAAAUUAACUGCACAGAAUUUCAGCGCUACAGGUCAUGUUGCUUGUGGUGAGAAGACGGCAUGCAGUGUACCGUAUUUCUAAAAUUGGUUUUCCAGAGAGGAGACUUUUUGAUGGACUCACAUUUCAACCACAUAUGAAGCUCUACUGCAAAUGUCUCGCAUCUGUUUCAAGUCCUGUUUUUUCACUGUGCAGCAACAGUAUUCCUCUUCAAAAGAGACAAAUAUUUUCUUCAAAAAUCAUUUACAACCUCCUCAUAUGGUGAGUGAUUUCCGGAUAGGACAUUUUUGAUGGACUAAGGAUCGUGUCGGAGGCACUUAGUUUACAAAAAAAAAAAAGUAACUUCCACUUAAGUGUCUUUCUGUUGCGAAUGAAAGUACUGAAUACGUUCCAAAGUAAAACCUAGUUAGUGCUAAAAAAUGCAAUUCUUAAUUUAUCCAGUCAAAGUGUCUACUCGGGCGUCCUUCAAGGAGACCCCCUAGCUCCUCUGCUCUUCAUCAUUGUUCUUGAUUACGCCUUGCGUUUAGCCCUUCGCAUGGAUAAUGGGCUCACUCUUAAACGGCGUAGAAGUUCUCGCCACCCUGCUGUCCAUCUAUCCGGUCUCGACUCUGCUGAUGACAUUGCUCUUCUCGAGGACUCUGUGAAUUCGGGCGAGGAUCUUCUCCACCGAGUAGAAUUGGCUGCUAAAUCAGUUGGCCUUCAGUUGAACGCAUGCAAAACCAAAUGGAUGCAUAUAAAUUCCUCUACGGACCAAUCUGUCCACGCGCUUGACAACAGUGCUAUCGAGAAGGUGGACGACUUCAAAUACCUUGGCAGUUGGAUGAACACUGCUCAUGACAUCAACUCCAGAAAGGCCAAAGCCUGGGGCGCCCUAAAUUCUCUAAUCAAGGUGUGGGCUGCCCCGCUGUCUAGAGACACAAAGGGCAGAGUGUUCAAGGCCUCAGUCGAAUCCAUUCUUCUCUACGGAUCCGAAUUUUGGUCUCUAACGAGAGCACAAGAGCAAUCCUUGGAUGGCACGUACACCCGCAUGCUCCGCAGAGCGUUCAACGUCAGCUGGCAGGACCAUUGGACAAACGACCGCCUGUACGGUUCCCCACCACGCCUCUCGACCAUAAUCGUCAAACGCCAUCUGGCAUUGUGUGGCCAUGUGUUUCGUCACGAUCAACCUGCCGCACAAGUUCUCUUGUGGGAGCCUGAGGCGAAGCGCAAAGUCGGUCGACCAUGUACCACUCUGAAAACAGUCCUCGAGCGAGAGACGAGGUUGAAGGAAGAUCAACUCAGAGCAGCUAUGCUCGACCGGCGGGUCUGGGAUAGGAUAUCUUAUCAAGUCGCCGGAUGACAGAUGAUGAUGAUGAUGUGUCUAAGUGUAACAGUUAAAGUAGAAUUAAAUGAAAUGAGGUCAAAACUGAGCCCACAUUUGACUUUUACAAACAUAUUUAUUAGAAAUUGUAAGAGACAUCACUGCUGUAGGUAGGGCUGGUGUGUCCCUGUAACGUAACGUGUAAGAAACGCCAGCAUGUACCGUAUAUACUGGACCUAGAUGCAGGAGUUAGUUGGGGGUAUUCAAAAAGACAAUCAUGAUCGUGAAACAACCGAUAAAUGGUGUUUUCUAUUUAACUUCCUAACCCAGACAAUAUAAAGGCAUAGUAACAGGAAAUGUGACACAAAUGCUGUUAAUACAAACAUUUUCCUCUGAUGGUUUGGUGAGUUACUAAGAAGAGACCACAAUUCAACUGUAAUAAAACUUAGCAUCAACUGCUACCACAGACAAUAUAAAGCUGUAGUGAUGGUGGAAUCGAUAUAUAACUGUCAAGAAAGUAUUGGAAAUAUAAACAUUUUCCUCAGAUGUGUCAAAAAAUUGCUAAGAAAAACUCCAUGGAUUAAAAUGAGACUGUAAUAACACUUAGCAUCAGCUGCUAACAGAUAAUAUAAAGGUAUAGUGAGAGUGGAAACAAGAUAUAACUGGUCAGAAACUUUGUGAUAGUGGGAACAAGACAAAACUUUCAGGAAAUUGUCAGGAGCAUAAACAUUUUCCUCAGAUUUGUUGUUAAAUUACUAAAAAAAAUACUCUACAGUUUAAAAUGAAACUGUAAUAAUUCUUAGCAUCAGCAGGUAUCAGGCAAUACUGAUGCAUAGUGAGAGUGAAAACGAGACACAGAUGUCAGGAAUAUAAACUUUUCCUCUGAUGUGUUGAGAAAUUACAAAGAAAAGACUCCAUAGAUUAAAAUUAAACUGUAAUAACACUUAGCAUCAGCUGCUGUCAGACAGUAUAAAGUCAAAGCGAGAGUGGAAAGAAGACAAAACUGCCCAGAAACUGUUGUGAUGAUGAAAACAAGACACAAGUGUCAGGAAAUUGUCUGGAAUAUAAACAUUUUCCUCAGAUUUGUUGGUAAACUACCAAAAAAAAGGACUCCAUAGAUUAAAAUUAAACU